GUGGGUGCUUGGACAUGACAUAGGCAGGCACUUCAGCACCUCUGCCACGAUGAAGUGUCGUCUCCAUAUAAAAGUCCACCAGAGAGCUAUUGCCUCACAGUUCCAGUGAUCAGUCUAUCAAUUCAACAUGUACAAGUCUAUCGUCCUUGCCGCUUCUGCCGCCGCCGUCCAGGCUGGUAUCAUCGCCACUCCCUACGGUUCAGCCCCUCUGGCUGCUCCCGGCUACGCCCUGAAUGCCGCUCCUUUGGCCGCUCAUGGCUACGCCCUGAAUGCCGCUCCUUUGGCUGCUCAAGGCUACGCCCUGAAUGCCGCUCCCUUGGCUGCUCAAGGCUACGCCCUGCCCGCUGUGGCCGCUCAAGGCUAUGCCCUGAACACCGCUCCCUUGGCUGCUCCUCAGUACGCUCCUCAAUACUCUGGUUUGACCUACGGUGCCGCUCCCGUGGCUGCCGCUCCCCAGGCCUAUGCUCUGCCCCCUGUCAAGAACAUCCAGGAGGCUCCCAUCGUCGAGCAAGUGGUCGAGCCCGUCGAGCAACACGGAUACUCUGUCCGUUAUUAAGAGGUCGGUCUGGCUGACCACCCCUCUGCCACCGCCUGGCCGCACAGCGGAAUAACAUCGAAGCAAGAAUAGAGCCGAUAAACCCCCUUUCCCCCCCAUGUUGGAUUAGAAGACUGUUCAGGGUCCUCGUCUUCUCAGCGCCAGUGUUGCUUCUAAUCCAUUGGAACUGUGAAUCAAACCCCUAUCCUUUCCACGAUCAGCAGACACAACCCAACACCUUCAAGGCUCUGUGUGGCUUAUUCCCUUCCCUUUUUUAAGACACUGGUGUCCACAAAAAUUAUAAAAAAAAAACCACAAGAUUUUUUUUUACUCCGGUCACUGACAUUUCAGACAAGUUUGACCACCUUCGUCCCUUAAACAGGACUAUGUGACCCGUUAUCCAACAGUUGACCACUGAGAAGAAUCAUUAGGUCCGCCAAUGAUAUUGUCUGGAAUUGGAGCAGUGACCAAUCUUCAUUGCCAAAGAAGAAACCAGUUGGCAAUUCUCCCAAAUCAAAAGAUUAAACCAUCUCAAAAACCCGUUCUCCUUCGGUAAAGAGAGCGACAAAACAACAACAUCACAACCACAAAAAUGGUUCAAUCCCCGAUGUGGAUCGGAUCAAUAUUCUCUAGAAAACUGUUACGACGAGUUAAAAGCACAGAUACUAUGUUGUUCCAUGUAUAAAUUUAGUUCCCUACCAAUUCCAAAAAACGAUCCCGCUUCUACUUUUAAGUUAAAAGUGUCUCUAAGUGUGAAGUUUACAAACGUGGAAUGAACGUGCGGAAUGAACCUCUAAAAAAAAAUAAAAGAAUCAAAAUUGAAA